AUUUGGUGUAACCAAAAUAAAAAAGUAGAAUAAUUCUUUCAUGAUGGGUGCUUCCACCUUAUUGAAAAGUUCUUGGAUUUAACUUAGAGACGCCGAAAUGUUUUAUAAGUUGGAAGAAGCAUGAUUCAAUUAAAUCGUGACAAGGGGUGAUUACGGUUCAUCGUAUUACGUGGCGUAUUAACAAAAAAAACCUAUAUAUAAUUAUUACAUAGCAUUUUUAUAUGGAAAAAAAAAAAAAAAAAAACAUAGUGUUUGAUAUAAUAUUAUUUAUCAAAAGUCCAUAAUUGACUUUCUUUGCAAUACAAAAUGGCAUUACCACCGAAUUAUAAGCAAGUAUCAAUGGCUACAUCAAACGUUGUUGCGUCCAAUCAGCGUCUCAGAGCAUCUGGUGGAAGUAGUAGUAGUUCAAAUACCAGUAAGGAUACACAAAGUCCUUUUAUACAAACUCCUCAUAGUCAUCCAGGAUUUACACCUCAAAAAGUAGGAAAAAAUACAAAUGCAGAUUCUCGAAUGCCAAAACCACCAAAACCACCUGAAAAACCACUCAUGCCAUAUAUGAGAUACAGUCGAAAAGUAUGGGAUCAAGUAAAAGCUCAAAAUCCUGAAUUGAAACUUUGGGAAAUAGGGAAAAUAAUUGGUCAAAUGUGGAGAGAUUUGCCAGAGGAAGAUAAAACAGAAUUUAUUGAGGAAUACGAAGCGGAAAAGGUGGAAUAUGAAAAAAGCUUGAAGACUUAUCAUAAUUCUCCAGCAUAUUUGGCUUAUAUUGCUGCUAAAAAUAGAGGAAAAUCAGCAUUAUGUGCGGCCCAACAAAACAAUGAUGAUCGAGAAAGUCAUGAACGUUCAUCUGGUAGUAGUAAAAAUCAAUCUGCGCAAGAUAGAAGGAUUGAUAUUUUACCUGCAGAAGAUGAGGAUGAUCAAGAUGAUGGAUAUUCUGUAAAACAUGUGGCAUAUUCACGUUAUACCAGAAAUCAUCGUCUUAUUAACGAGAUCUUCAGUGAUACCGUUGUUCCUGAUGUUCGUUCUGUAGUUACAACUCAAAGAAUGCAAGUCUUACGCCGUCAAGUACAAUCUUUAACUAUGCAUCAGAAAAAAUUGGAAGCAGAAUUACAACAAAUAGAAGAAAAAUUUGAAGCAAAGAAAAGGAAAUUUAUUGAAACAAGUGAAGUGUUUCAAGAAGAAUUGAAAAAACAUUGUAGGCCAGCAGUAGAUGAAGAAACAUUUAAUAAAAUGGUAGAACGACAAUAUGAAGUACUGAGGAGAGAGAGAUUAAGAGGUUCGGAAGAAAAUCGUUCUGAUGGUCCUGCAUCAAAUGAAUCCACACCAAAUUCUACACCUACUCCAACACCAGCUUCCCUCAAUGAUGAACCUACAUCUGAAGCUACUGAAAAUGAUACGAUUGAUAAAAAGACCAAUGGUUUUGAUAAACCGAAUAAUGAAAUAAAGAAAGAAAAUUCAUCGCCUCCAUAUGCUGACACAAAAACAGAAUCCCCUACUGUACAAGGAAAUCAGCCGAUAAAUCAACAUGGAUCUAAUUCUAAUAUGUAUUGUGUAUCUGUUACUCCAAUUCAACAACAGCAACCACCACAACCGCAGCAACAACAACCAACACCAUCUCCAUCAAUGUCAUUAAUACCAUCACAACAGCAACAACCAACGCCAUUGCCAUCAAUGUCACUGAUAUCACCACAACAACAACAACAGCCGCAACAUCAUCAACAACAACAACAACAACAACAGCAGCAGCAGCAACAACAACAACAACAACAACCACCUGUUCAGUCUCAUCAACAACCACCUGUUCAAUCUCAUCAACAAUCACCACCACAAUCACAUCAACAACCAACACCUCAAACACAUCAACAACAACCGUCUCAAACUCAUCCACAGGCACCGCUUCAAACCCAUCAACAGCCAAUCCCUCAAACUCAUCAACAAGUAACACCUCAACCGCAUCAACAACCAUCUUCACAGUCUUCACAACAACCACCACCCCAAUCUCAUCAACAUCCUCCGCCUCAAACUCAUCAGCAACCACCACCUCAAUCCCAUCAGCAACCGCCACCACCUUCAUCGCAUCAACAACCACCGCCUCAACCUCAGCCUCAGCCCCAUUCACAACCACCACCGCCUCCAACUCAUCAGUCACAACCGUCUCAAUCACAUCAACAACCAUCAUCUCAAACUCAUCAACAGCCACCACCACCACCACCACCACCAUCCCAAUCUCAUCCACAACCACCACCAUCUCAAUCUCAUCCACAACCACCACCUCAAUCUCAUCAACAAUCAUCUUCACAACCACAGCAGCAACCAACGCCCCAAUCUCAUCAACAACCACCGCAGCAAACUCAUCAGCAACCACCUCCCCAAACUCAUCAGCAACCACCUCCUCAAACUCAUCAGCAACCACCUCCUCAAACUCAUCAACAACCACAACCUCAAGCCCAUCAGCCACCACCACCACCACCUCCCCCACCACCACCACCACCAUCUCAAUCUCAUCAGCAGCCACCUCCUCAAUUCCAUCCACAACAAUCGCCACAAACUCAUCAACCACCACCGCCUCAACCACAUCAACAACCACAUCAACAACCGCCACCUCAAUCUCAUCAACAACCACCACCUCAAUCUCACCAACAACCGCCACCUCAAUCUCAUCAACAACCACCACCUCAAUCUCACCAACAACCGCCACCUCAAUCUCAUCAACAACCGCCACCUCAACCCCAUCAAUUACCACCUCAAUCUCAUCAACAACCUUCACCGCAACCUUCUCAUCAACCAUCUCAUCAACCAUCUCAUCAACCAUCUCAUCAACCAUCUCAUCAACCAUCUCAUCAACCUUCUCAUCAACCUUCUCAUCAACCUUCUCAUCAACCUUCCCAUCAGCCUUCUCAUCAGCCUUCACCUCAGUCUCACCAGCAAUCGCAAUCUCAAUCUCAUCAACAAACAGUACCUCCAACAUCGUCGCAGCAACAACAACAACAAUCUAAUUCUACUACUAGUUCUGCUGUGCCUGUAACUGUAAGCGCUACUCAAAACAUACCAAAUAUGCCUCCAGUAUCUUCGCCUGCACCUCCAUUGCACAAUCCUCAUCAACAAGGGAUGCUUUCUAACCAUUCUAUGUCACCACAUCAAACAUCUCAAGGUACACAAGGAACACAGGUUCUUCCUCAAGGACCAGUAAAUAAUCCACAUACAUCGCCUAUAAUACCACCUAAUCAAGGAUAUGGCCAACAAUAUCAACCAGGACCUGGUCCACAGCCGCAAAAUGUUCCACUUGCCCCAAGACCUCCACAUCCUUCUUAUACUUAUUCGCAACAGCAACCUUAUCAUCAACCUUACCCCCAAUAUGCUCAUCCCUAUUAUCAUCAGCCAUAUUCUCAAUAUUCGCCACAUACUAUGAGUCGUCCUCAUGCACACAGUCCUCAUAGUCCACAUAGCCCACAUUAUCAUCCACAAUCCCCUCAUACCGUAGGAGAAAGUAAUGCAGCUAAUAAUAGUGUAUCCAAUUCAGGUACUACUUCUGGUUCUACCCCCGAUAGUAAUAAUUCAUCUUAUUCUCCAGCAUCAGGUCAUUGUGAAAAUGAACGUACUAAUGCUCCUGACAGUCAGGAGACUUCUACUGACAUGAAAUCAAGCUCUGUGUAAAGCGUGUAUUUCUUUUUUUUUUUCUUUCUUUUUUUUCUUUUUUUUUCUUUUUUUUUCUUUUUUUUCUUUUAU